CUGCCCCGCGCCAGGCCCGGCCUCUCCUCAAGCCGCAGGGGUAGCUCCUCCCGGGACAAGGACCGAAGUGUGACGGUCAGUGGUUCAGUGCCCAUGCCUGCUGGAGGGAAGGGAAGCCGCACCAGCUGCUCCCAGUCCACACCCCAGAAGGUCUCCAACCGCCUGAUCAAUGAGAAGUCGCCUUACCUCCUCCAACAUGCCUACAACCCUGUCGACUGGUACCCCUGGGGACAGGAAGCCUUUGACAAGGCCAGGAAAGAAAACAAGCCAAUUUUCCUUUCAGUGGGGUACUCCACCUGCCACUGGUGCCACAUGAUGGAGGAGGAGUCCUUCCAGAAUGAGGAGAUUGGCCGCCUGCUCAAUGAGGACUUUGUCAGUGUAAAGGUGGACCGGGAGGAGCGGCCCGAUGUGGACAAGGUGUAUAUGACCUUCGUGCAGGCCACCAGCAGUGGUGGGGGCUGGCCCAUGAGCGUGUGGUUGACUCCCAACCUCCAGCCCUUUGUGGGAGGCACCUAUUUCCCCCCUGAGGACGGCCUGACCCGAGUUGGCUUCCGCACAGUGUUGCUGAGAAUACGGGAUCAGUGGAAACAGAACAAGAAUGCCUUGCUGGAGAACAGCCAGCGCGUCACCACAGCCCUGCUGGCUCGGUCGGAGAUCAGCACCGGUGACCGCCAGCUGCCACCCUCCGCUGCCACCAUGAACAGCCGCUGCUUCCAACAGCUGGAUGAGGGCUAUGACGAGGAGUACGGCGGCUUCGCUGAGGCUCCCAAGUUCCCCACACCGGUGAUCCUGAGCUUCCUGUUCUCCUACUGGCUUAGCCAUCGACUCACCCAGGAUGGUUCUCGGGCCCAGCAGAUGGCCUUGCACACCCUGAAAAUGAUGGCCAAUGGGGGCAUUCGAGACCACGUCGGGCAGGGCUUUCACCGCUACUCCACGGACCGCCAGUGGCACGUCCCCCACUUUGAGAAGAUGCUCUAUGACCAAGGGCAGCUCGCAGUGGCCUAUUCACAGGCCUUCCAGAUCUCUGGUGACGAGUUCUAUUCUGAUGUUGCCAAAGGCAUCCUGCAGUAUGUAACUCGGAACCUGACUCACCGGUCUGGAGGCUUCUACAGCGCAGAGGAUGCAGACUCGCCCCCGGAGCGAGGCGUGCGGCCCAAAGAGGGUGCCUUCUAUGUGUGGACGGUCAAAGAGGUCCAGCAGCUGCUCCCAGAGCCCGUGCCUGGCGCCACCGAGCCACUGACCUCCGGCCAGCUCCUAAUGAAGCACUAUGGGCUCACAGAGGCCGGCAACAUCAGCCCCAGUCAGGACCCCAAGGGGGAGCUGCAGGGCCAGAAUGUGCUGACUGUCCGGUAUUCGCUGGAGUUGACCGCAGCCCGCUUUGGCCUGGAGGUGGAGGUUGUCCGGACCCUGCUCGACACAGGGCUGGAGAAGCUCUUCCAGGCCCGGAAACAUCGGCCAAAGCCGCACCUGGACGGCAAGAUGCUGGCCGCCUGGAAUGGACUGAUGGUAUCUGGCUAUGCGGUGACCGGGGCUGUCCUGGGUAUGGAGAGGCUAAUCAACUACGCCACCAAUGGUGCCAAGUUCCUGAAGCGACACAUGUUUGACGUGGCCAGCAGCCGCCUGAUACGGACCUGCUAUGCAGGCUCUGGGGGGACUGUGGAGCACAGCAACCCGCCCUGCUGGGGCUUCCUGGAGGACUACGCCUUCGUAGUACGGGGCCUGCUGGACCUCUAUGAGGCCUCGCUGGAGAGUGCGUGGCUCGAGUGGGCUCUGAGGCUGCAGGAUACUCAGGACAGGCUCUUCUGGGACUCUCGUGGUGGCGGCUACUUCUGCAGUGAGACUGAGCUGGGGGCUGGACUGCCCCUGCGUUUGAAGGACGACCAGGAUGGCGCGGAGCCCAGCGCCAACUCCGUGUCCGCCCACAACCUGCUUCGGUUGCACGGUUUCACGGGCCACAAGGACUGGAUAGACAAGUGUGUGUGCCUGCUGACCGCCUUCUCUGAGCGCAUGCGCCGUGUGCCCGUUGCAUUGCCUGAGAUGGUCCGAGCCCUCUCAGCCCACCAGCAGACCCUCAAGCAGAUCGUCAUCUGUGGAGACCCCCAGGCCAAGGACACCAAGGCUCUGUUGCAGUGUGUCCACUCCAUCUACAUCCCUAACAAGGUGCUCAUUCUGGCCAAUGGGGACCCCUCAAGCUUCCUGUCCCGCCAGCUGCCCUUUCUGAAUACCCUGCGAAAGCUAGAAGACCGGGCUACCGCCUACGUGUAUGAGAAUCAGGCCUGCUCCGUGCCCAUCACCGAGCCCAGCGAACUGAGAAAACUGCUGCAUCAGUGA